GUCAUGCUUGGGAUGCAGUUACAGAAGAACCUAUGGGAGUAAGUGUAAAUAAUGACCUAGAGGAAAAUGAUGUAGCUGUGGAGAAUGAGAAUGUAGAUGUUGAGGCAGAGAAUCCUAACCCAGCGACCCAUGAGCCAACCAUUGAGAUUUCUAGUGAUUCAGAUGAAGAGCUCGAAAGUGAACAGGAGAUGGCAAGUGAGCCUAAUCAAGAUGAAGACAUGGAAGAAGAUGCAAACCCUGAGGAAGACCCCGAUGAAGACCCUGAAGAAGAGUUCGAUGAUCUUGAGAUCUAAAGUCACUCCUAAAACUUUCAGGAGCGAUGGAUAGGCAAGAGGCCACAAAUAUUUUGAAGUCAUAAAUAGUUAAUUAGCUCUUUCAUGUUUUAAAGAAUAAGUAGCAAGCAAAGCUACAACUGUUUAAGGUUUAAGUUUAUUGAAGUUUGAGAUGUUCUUUAUUAUUUUCAAGGAUGUAAUAAACCUCUAUGGAGUUAGCAAUAAAAGUUAAAGUUUUCAAGGAAUUGUUCUUUAUUCUAUUUUGAGGAUUCCAUAAUACCCCAACCUCUAGGUAGUACGUCAUGGAUUAAUUUUUCUAUUGGGUGCAUACUCAGUGUGAAUUGUGGAUCAAUUUAAUUGCCACAAUAAUAUUAAAUGAUUUGAGUACAUAAAGGAAGUGAGGGCCAAUCUAGACCCUCAUGACCAAUAUGAUUCAAAAUGUUAUGCCUUAUGUGCAGUGUGUGAAUGUCUUUCGUGAAUUAUUGAGGAUGAUUAUUUUUCAAUGAUUAUUGCAUCUUGUAGACGAUCGUUGCACCUUCGUAAACGAUUGUCGUGCCUUCAUAGAUGAUGUGUAUUAAUGUGAACAGUGUUGGUUGAGGUGAUCUUUAUGGUCAAUUCAAGUAUUAAAUUGUAUGGGAUAACGUAUAGGUGAUGUUUCAAACCUAAAGUAGAGUAUUCUAAUUGCAGGUCACGUUCUAGAAUGGCCAACAACAAUGAUCUAGCCGUGGCUAUUCGCCUUUUGGCGGAAAAGCUGACUCAGUAAAGAACUGAGCGCCCCAAAUCUGCAGGGGAAAUGUUUGAAAGACUUGCUAGGGUUAAACCACCAUACUUCAAGGGACAAUCAGACCUUACCUUCUUAGAAAAUAGGAUUAGGGAGUUUGAGAAACAGUUUGAGGCUGUGAGUUGCCCUAUGAGUAUGAGAGUAGGUCAAGCUGUCCUUUACCUAAAAGAUGAAGCCGAUCUGUGGUGGAGAGAGAAUGAAACUAGGCUAAGUACUGCCGAGAGAUUUAAUUGGGACUCAUUUGUUGUUGCAUUGAGGGAAAAGUUUUAUCCUCCUUUUAUUACAAAACGAAAAGCGCAGGAAUUCAUAAACCUUGGGAUGGGGAGUAUGACCAUCGCUGAAUAUUAUAGCAAAUUUAUAGCGUUGUCGAAGUUUACACCUGAGGUUGUAGCCAUAGAGGAGAUAAAGGCUCAGAUGUUUGAGCAAGGGUUGACCGAUGAGAUCCAGUUGGAAUUAGGUGGAGAAACCUUUAUACCUUUAGAGAAUGCGUAUGAGAGAACCGCCCAUAUUCAUGGUUUACAGUCUAGAAGGGACAAGAAAAAUGUUGUUGGGGAGAAAAGAAAAGAGUUUGAUGCUGGGAAAAACCGAGGGAAUUUCAAGAAGAAUAGAAACGUGAAUAGGAAUGAGAGUGGAAAUGGAAAUUUUCAGGGAAGAAGCAAUCAGGGGCACCACAACAAUUCGAACCAAUCUAAGAGAGUGCAUCAUUGCAAGAUGUGCAGUAGCAAUCACCCUGGUAAGAACUGCAACGGAGAAUUAGUGACCUGCAACUAUUGUCAAAAAAGGGGACAUAGGGAGUAUGAGUGCUUCACUAAGCACAGAAAGGAACAAAAUAGUAAUAAAGCUGGAAACCAAGUGAGGUUUAACCAGUCUGGAGGUCAAAAUUCAAAGCCUGGAGGGGCACAAAACAAUCAAGAGAACUAUAAUAAGCCUGCAAAUGAUAACAACAACCCGAAUAAGGCUCCAGGAAAGUUGUACAUGAUGAAUCAGAAUGAGGAUGAACGAUCUGCCGAUAUAGAUUCUGGUGGAGAAUUCUCCGUAGGCGACUUUUGAAUUAUUAAAGUGGUCUUGCAGUUUGUUUACACAAGUCUUUAAGGAUCAAUAAGCGUUGACCAUCUACAGGUUUGAAGAUGAUGCAUCAUUGGGAUCGGGAUUAGAGAGCUUGUAGUUCUAUUCGUUUAAUUAAGUGAUUUAAUUUGUUAACUUGGAUUUGAAAUUUGUCGUACCAUUCGUAUUUCCUUAAUUCAGUUAAAUGGGUUUGGACCUAAUAUGUAAUAGAUUAUUUAUGAACCUAAAAGUUAGUUUUAUGUUUUCCGCUGCAAAAUUCUGAAUAAGCCGAUACGUUUUCACACGGGCGAUAAUGCCUUGAUAAUUCUCUACGUUUUAUAUUAAAAGGUUAUUUUAGAAAAGAGGGAAUUGUCGGGGUGUUACAACCGGAACCUGAUGUGCAAGUUCCGGUUCCGAGUAACAAAAUUGGGACCUUGUCGAAACAGGUUCCGGUUCCGAUUCUUAAUUUUUCGGAACGGGUACCCUGUACACAUCGAUUCUAACAUAAAAUAUCCAAAAUAAGGGACCGGGCCAUAUAAAAUGCUUCAUAUGCCCAAAAUAUAAAACAAUUCAAGCUAGUUUUUGGAAAAUAAAAAUGUAGAAUUACAAUUUAAGCCAAAACUAUAAAAUAAUCUAAGCCCUCAUCAUAAGUAGACUUUUUAAAAUAAAUUAGCAAUAAUUUACUUAAUUUUAAAAUGACAGGGUCCUUGAACCAGAACGAACCCGGUUCGCAUUUUCAGGAACCUGUUGCAACAGGUUUUGGUUCCCGUUUUCAGGAACCUGUUGCAACAAGUUCCAGCAAGUUCCAGCCGGUUCCUGAAAUUUAACAGGCCCCUAUUUAUAACAGUAGUUGAGCAAGAUAUUGCAGGUCUGAAU